AUGUUGAUCACUAAUUCCCUUGGGGUUUUAUGCUGUAUCUGGGCUGGACCCAUUCAGGUGAUCCUCGCGACACCAAUAGAUCCUCUACCAGGUCAAGAUAAGCAAUCCAAAGAGAUUAUCGCUGGACCAUUAUGGUCGAUCGGCGGUCCAGUCGUAACAGAUGUUUUACAAGGACCCGAGGGCGAAUGUUGGUUCCAAGCGACCCUGGCUGCACUCGUGAAAUGUCAUCCAGCCGCUAUUACAAAUAUAGUUGAAGAUAGCGGUAUAGGCAAUGGAGAGGAGGGUAAGGUCACCGACGAGGCAAACGUCAAACUUCUCAACAACGAUAACGAACGGAAGACUUUUCAAGUGGAUCAUCAAACUUCUGUCGUGGGCAUAGCAGAUGGUUUAACCAAUUGGUGGCCUGCAGCUAUUAAAAGAGGGGUGAUGAAGAUGGGUGGAUAUCCCGGUAUAAAAGAGAACACACUAGAGGGUGGAAAGCCCGAAUUUGCAUUGAGAUUCUUGACUGGUAAAGAGGUUGAUGUGAUCGUUGAACCUACCAUCGAUGAAACUUGGAGUUGGAUAAAGCACUCUGAUAGUAGUCCAAUGGUGAUUGGUACCAAAGGCGAUACAAACAAAUUAGAUAGCGAACACGGAUACGCUGUAAUGUCAUAUGACGGUGAUGGACCUGAUGAUGCAAGAGCGAGGUUACGUGAUCCGAAUAACGGAGUGGAAUGGUACGACCUCAGGGAUAUCGCAGAUGAUAUACAGCAUAUAGCUGGAUUGGCAGGUUUCGCUAGUGUACCUUGA